AUGAUGUACAUAGGUGGAGAAAUGUACAAUCGAAUCGAAGACGGAACCAGCAUGGUUGGUGUUUAUGGCCGAUCAGAUGGAUCAAGCAGCAUUCUGACUUCUAAUGGAUCAGAAAGUCGUGAAAGCCAUCAAAGUUUAGUAGAGUGGUUAAAUGAGACACUUCCUUAUUUAAAUUUACCAUGGGAGGCUUCAGAGGAAGAACUAAGAGCUUGCUUAAAGGAUGGUACUGUCCUGUGCAAUCUCUUAAACCAGCUUAGUCCCGGUUCAAUGAAAAUGGGAGGUAGUUUUGAGCUUGCUUCUGUAAACAUUGAGAGGUUUCUGACAGCUAUGGAUGAAAUGGCAUUGCCAAGAUUUGAGGUUUCGGACUUAGAACAUGGGGAUAUGAUUCCAGUUUUACAGUCUCUUAAGUCUCUUAAAGCUAGUUUCUCUGAUGAUGGAUAUGAUAAGAACACACUUUGUGCAAGGAGAAGAUGGAGUUUGCCUGAUGACCAUUCAAAGGGAGUUGAUUGCAACUUUAAUGAUGGAUCACAAUUUAAGGAAGCCUCUGAAAUCAAUAUAUCUCAUGCUAAAAUUUUGGACUUGCUAAAAUCAAAUAGUUUACAAAAUACUUCUACUCGGUCGUUGUUUGAUAUGCUCGAUAAGCUUCUUGACGAAAACGUGCAGAAAAUGAAUGUGGAUAUGUCUCAUGCUUUUACAUCUAUCUUGAGAGGCAUUGUGCAAGUAGUGGAACAACGGAUCUCAAAUCAAGCUGAAAAUCUAAAGAAUCAAAAUAUACUCUUUAGGGUCCGCGAAGGAAAAUAUAGAUCAAGAAUAAAUGUAUUGGAAACUUUGGCAUCUGGUACAACAGAUGAGAUUGAGCUAAGGCUAGAAGAAAAAGAUGUGCUGCAACUGAAAAGGGAAAAAGUGCGUAGCAAUGCUGAGCUUUCUAAGUUAAAGCAAGAGCUUGAAAUUGUGAAAGAUAUGCAUGAAAAACAGUUUUUAGAUUUAGAAUCAAAUGCUCAAAAAGCGAAAGAUGAGUUGGAGAAGCACUUAAAGGAUUCUGAAUUACGUGUAGUAGAUUCAACCCAAAAAGCGAAAGAACUUGAAAAGUUAUGUGAAACUAAAACUAAAAGAUGGGAGAAGAAAGAGCAAAGAUACAAGAGCUUCAUAAACCACCAGUCAGAAAUUUUACAGGAGUUGAAAGCUACUUCAAUGUCUUUAAAACAUGAAGUUCUAAAGACAGGGGAGAACUAUUUCCAAGAUGUAAAUUACUAUGGUUUAAAGCUUAGAGGAGUGGCUGAUGCAGCAAAAAAUUACCAGGUAAUCAUUGAAGAGAAUCGAAGACUUUACAACGAAGUGCAAGAAUUAAAAGGAAAUAUCAGAGUCUAUUGCCGGAUUAGACCGUUCCUUCAAGGGCAAAACAAGAACCAAACAUCAAUAGAGUAUACUAGUGAGAAUGGUGAACUUGUGGUUGCAAAUCCUUUAAAGCAAUCUAAAGAUACUCAUCGGUUAUUUAAAUUCAACAAAGUCUUUGGCCCUUCAUCAACUCAAGAGGAAGUAUUCUUAGAUACUCGACCAUUGAUUCGUUCCAUUCUUGAUGGCUACAAUGUGUGUAUAUUUGCUUACGGUCAGACAGGAUCCGGAAAAACUUAUACAAUGAGCGGACCAAGCAUAAAUUCGGAACAAGCUUGGGGUGUAAACUAUCGAGCUUUAAACGACUUGUUCCAUUUAACUCAAAGUAGACAAAAUACUGUGAUGUAUGAAGUUGGUGUUCAAAUGGUUGAGAUUUACAAUGAGCAAGUUCGUGACCUACUUUCUGAGGAUGUUCCUGAUGCAAGCAUGCAUUGUGUAAGAUCAACUGAAGAUGUUCUUGAAUUGAUGAAUAUUGGGUUGAUGAACAGAGCUGUUGGUGCUACAGCUCUUAAUGAAAAGAGCAGUAGAUCACACAGUGUACUUUCUGUUCAUGUACGUGGUGUUGAUGUUAAAACCGAGUCUAUCUUGCGUGGAAGUUUGCAUUUGGUUGAUCUUGCUGGAAGUGAGAGAGUCGAUCGCUCUGAAGUAACCGGGGAGAGACUCAGAGAAGCUCAACAUAUAAACAAAUCAUUGUCUGCUCUUGGAGAUGUUAUUUUUGCUUUAGCACAUAAGAAUCCUCAUGUACCUUACAGAAAUAGCAAGCUAACACAAGUCCUCCAAAAUUCUUUAGGUGGACAAGCGAAAACUCUUAUGUUUGUUCAGAUUAAUCCUGAUGAAGAUUCAUAUGCUGAGACCGUAAGUACUUUGAAAUUUGCGGAAAGAGUUUCUGGUGUUGAGUUAGGUGCAGCAAGAAGCUAUAAGGAGGGACGAGAAGUUCGACAACUCAUGGAACAGGUAUCAAAAUUGAAAGAUAUGAUUGCGAAAAAAGAGGAAGAACUUCAAAAGUUUAAGAACGUAAACGGUAUACAAAAACGUGGUUUAAGCAGCAUACGGUUUGAGUCUCCUUCUCCUAGAAGACAUUCUUUAGGAGGAGCUUCACCAAAUACUCCAAGACAAAGACAGGGAUCUGGUUCACUCGGAAGAACAACUUCAGAUUCAGCUGAUGAACUUAGACAUCAAAAUGAAUCCCGACCAUCUUCGUCUAAGUUUUCCGAUUCCGAUGGCACGGUUAGUAGCGGUGCAAUGGAGUUGACACUCUUCCCUGAAACCUCAAAUCCUUCUGAAAUGUUUGAACAAUCUGAACAAAAUGAAAAAGCUAAUGUUGGACCAUCAAAGUUACUCAAGCAUACAACAAAAACAGACCAAACCAGACCUUCUCGCCUGUCGAUUUCCACCACCUCCUCCCCUAAGGCUUUAACAAGUUCUAAAAGACCUAUCGCUGGCUUUUCAUCGUCAGUAAAAUCUCUUAACAGAAAGCGAUGA